AUGAGCGCCACGAGCAUCGACGGAAACUGCGGUUCCAACUCUGACAGCCACGCCACCUGCCUGGGCUCCGAAUUCGGCAACUGCUGCUCGGUCAAGGGCUACUGCGGCAAGACCGACGCCUACUGCGGCGAAGGAUGCCAGCUCGAGUUCGGCACCUGCAACGACGCGAGCGUCCAGACGAUCAGCCGGACAGGGUCCUGCGGCGCCACCCUCACGAGCAAUGUUACCUGCCAGGGAAGCACAUAUGGGGAUUGUUGUUCGACGAAUGGAUUCUGCGGAGGGGACAAGACGUACUGCGGGUCGGGGUGCCAGCCGAUGUUUGGGAACUGUUUUGAUUUGGACGAGCCCGAGUCGUCGACAUCUUCCUCCACAUCCUCGACAUCAUCAACCAGCACAGAUACCUCACCCACCACGACCGGCGAAUCCAGCGAAGCCAAUAGCGGCAACAACCACACAAUCAGCAGCGGAGGCAGCGACGGGCUAAGCACAGGCGCCAUUGCCGGAAUCAGCGUCGGGGCAGCGGUCGGAGGAUGCGCCAUCAUCGCACUGCUGGUGUGGUUCAUAUUUUUCAGACGACGCAAGUCGGCCCAUCCGGAGCAGAUCAUCGGCGAAGACACAAAGCCCGUUCUCGUCGAGGCGUAUGGAAUGCCGGUCAUGCCGCCGGCGCAGGCGGUGCAUGAGAUGGAGGGCAAGCAUAGCGGGCCGGUGGAAUUGCCCACGACGCGACAUUCGCGGCAGUAUUGA